AGUCCUUCAACUCUCCAGCGGUGUGGGGUCUCCUGGCAACGUCAAGUGGGACCUGGCCCUCUGUCUGUUACUCGCAUGGAUCGUGGUGUAUUUCUGCAUCUGGAAGGGCAUUAAGAGCUCCGGAAAGGUUAUGUAUUUCACGGCUACAAGUCCUUACAUAUUGAUGUUUGUGUUGUUGAUACGAGGCGUGACGUUAGAUGGCGCCAUUGACGGCAUUAAAUAUUACCUUCUUCCUGAUUGGUCAAAAUUAGCCGAAACACAGGUAUGGGUUGAUGCAGGUACACAAAUAUUUUUCUCCUAUUCCAUCAGUCUUGGUACACUUACGGCAUUAGGUAGCUACAACAAAUUCCAUCAUAACUGUUACAGGGAUACUGUAGUAUUUGCAGCUGUGAAUAGUGGUACCAGUUUUCUAGCAGGAUUUGUGACCUUUUCUGUGCUAGGUUUUAUGGCUAAACAACAAAAUGUCGACAUUUCAGUGGUUGCAGAAUCAGGUCCUGGUUUAGCUUUUAUAGCUUAUCCUGAAGCUGUAGCUCAAAUGCCUGUUGCUCCACUGUGGUCUGUUUUGUUCUUCUGUAUGAUUAUAUUAUUGGGUCUCGACAGUCAGUUUGUAGGUGUUGAGGGCUUUGUUACAGCCAUUGUAGAUCUCAAACCUCAUUUGUUCCGACAAGGGCAUCGUCGCGAACUAUUGAUUCUUGGUGUUUGUACAUUGUCAUUUGGUAUUGGUUUAUCUAUGGUGACCGAAGGCGGGAUGUAUGUAUUUCAGCUAUUCGACUACUACUCUGCCAGCCGAAUUGUUCUCAUAGUGGCUUUCUUCGAGUGUAUAGUGGUAGCUUAUAUUUACGGGAUAAACCGGUUUUAUGAUAAUAUACAGAUGAUGUUGGGAUUCCGACCCGGUCCAUUCAUUAAAAUCGCAUGGUGUAUUCUGACUCCUAUAUUCACUUUGACGAUAUUUAUCAUGGGUACCAUCAGUUAUUCCGAGCUGACGUAUAAACGUAAAUUAGUGACGUAUACCUAUCCUACAUGGGCUAUUGGUAUUGGAUGGUGUAUGGCACUGGUCUCUAUCGUAUUUAUACCAAUUGUAAUGGUGUUUAAAUUAUUGAAAGCUAAAGGUUCAUUCAAGACGAGAAUCACCGAGUUACUAAAACCGAGACUACAACGACACCAACUACGUGAAAAUGAAGACAUAUCAAAAGUCCACAUAUUGGAUGAUAUUUACCAGUCGAAUUCAGCAACAGAAGCCAUGAAUUCUAUCGAAAAAAUUCCUAUGACCAAUGAAUACACACCCGAUGGAGAGGAAGCUUAAAAUCAAACGACUUUAAAGGAACAAAACUUUUUUUUUCAACAGCUUCAUCCAUAUUAUUAGCAGAGAGAAACCAAGCCAGGUUUUAAGUCUGUUAAUAUUUAUCGGAGAAUAGGUGGUUCAUUUUAUAGAAUAUUUCACUAAGUGAAAUUUCUUAUGUAUGAAAUAUUUUGAAUCUCCUAUAAGAGAAUGAAUGUGAUGGAAUUAAAUCAUUUUACGUUUAUUGAGCACUAAAUAUAGACUUAACGAUCCAAAUUGCGCGGUUGGUUCUUCAGAAAUACGAUCUGUUCCAUUGAGACUAUAUGCUUAUUCUAAUCAUCGUAUUCUCGAUGUUAUUAGAACCGGAAAAUCACCAGCACUUAAUAUAUAGUCCCAUUACACUGACACAAUUUAGGAUUUUAGUAUAAACAAAUUCCAUAUUUGGUAUGAAUGAGAUGUGUGAGUGUAAAGCUUGAUCACGUGAUAUUCAUAAUUUAUACAAGGACUUGUUGUAAUAUUUUAAAUUAAAUAUUAUUAGUGUACAAAGUAUAAUAUGGCUGACGUGAUAGAUAAUACAUGACCAAUUUUCAUGUUCUGUCUCAAAGCUUGAGGAAUAUACCGGGCGUCGGUAAAAUUUGGGUCUAAAUGACAAUAAUUUCUAUUGGACAGCCAAAGCUUAGAGAAAAAAACAAUUGAACUGUACAUAUAUCAUAAAAAAAAACAUUGUAUAUAAAACAUUUUUCAUAUCGACGAAUCAAAUUAUUUGGUUAUUUUUUACAAAAAAAGAAUUAAAUUUAUUCGAAGUUGGUAUUUUAGAACUGUACAUUUAGGUGUACGGUAUUCAAAUACGGUUAUUAAGGUCAAAUUUGGGGAUAUGAAAACAUUAUAUUUGCACGAGGGUUUUUCUAUUUUUGAAAACAGCUUCCCGAAACAAACGUACAUUACGUCAUGUUUUUAACCGUUAUUGCUUUUUAAUAUAAUACAAUCCAUUGGAUAGGUAUUAACUUUGGCUAAUCUUAUAUAUAUAUAUAUAUAUAUAUAUAUAUAUAUAUCCCCAGAAGAAUACUAGUCGAAAUUAAUGGGGCAACUAAAAUUGAUUUUAAAUAAGACGAACAAAAGAUUUUUUGUUAGAUAAACUUUUUACUUUUUAAAUUUUCAACAAAUGGAGUUAUACGUUAGAAAAUAAACUGUUUUUCAAAAAGAA